AUGUAUCUAUCUAUCUUCUGUUCACUAUCUAUCUAUCUAUCUAUCUAUCUAUCUAUCUAUCUAUCUUCGUGUCAUUCAUUAUCUAUCUAUCUAUCUAUCUAUCUAUCUAUCUUCCGUUCACUAUCUAUCUAUCUAUCUUCCUCGCGCUCUUUAGGAUCUAUCCAUCUUCUUCGCGUCAUUUAUUAUCUAUCUAUCUAUCUAUCUAUCUAUCUAUCUAUCUUCGCGUCAUUCAAGAUCUAUUUAACUAUAUAUUUAUCUAUCUUCCUCGCGUCCUUUAUCUAUCUAUCUAGAUUUGUAUCUAUCUGUCCCUCACGAUCUGUCCAUAUCUAUCUAUCUAUCUAUCUAUCUAUCUAUCUAUCUAUCUAUCUAUCUUCGCGUCAUUCAUUAUGUAUCUAUCUAUCUAUCUAUCUAUCUAACUUCGCGUCAUUCAUUAUCCAUCUAUCUAUCUAUCUAUCUUCCGUUCACUAUCUAUCUAUCUAUCUAUCUAUCUAUCUAUCUAUCUAUCUAUCUAUCUAUCUAUCUAUCUUCCUCGCGUUCUUUGGAUCUAUCCAUCUUCUUCGCGUCAUUUAUUAUCUAUCUAUCUAUCUAUCUAUCUAUCUAUCUAUCUAUCUAUCUAUCUUCCUCGCGUUCUUUAGGAUCUAUCCAUCUUCUUCGCGUCAUCUAUCUAUCUAUCUAUCUAUCUAUCUAUCUAUCUAUCUUCGCGUCAUUCAAGAUCUCUCUAUCUAUAUAUUUAUCUAUCUUCCUCGCGUUCUUUAUCUCUCUAUCUAUCUAUCUAUCUAUCUUACUCGCGUCCUUUAUUAUCUAUCUAGAUUUGUAUCUAUCUGUCUCUCACGAUCUGUCCAUAUCUAUCUAUCUAUCUAUCUAUCUAUCUAUCUAACUUCUAUAUAA